AUGAGAAACUUGGUUGGAGCUGUUUUGAGGGCACAUUGGUUUUUAAAGUCAGUCGAUUUGGUGCUGGCUACUUUAUUGGCUGCGAUCAACACCCAAAAUGCAAUUGCUUGCUUUACGCUUGUGAUGUUAGCAUGGAGGUGGGACUAUGGGGAUGGUGUUGUAACAGCGGGGACUUCAAUGCGACUAGGGUACCGUUGCAUUGAAUAUGAUGAUGACGACUUUGAGAAUGAUUCGGCACUUGAAAUUCAGCCAUACUUGAUGGAAGAAAAAUGCAAGACUACAAUUCCUUUGUUAAUAAUGCUUGUCAAAGCACUUGAUAAUCACUUGACUGCUAUCCAAAGGGACUAUGAACUCAGGUCCCAGAUAGAAGAAAGGAAAAUAAGAAGUGAUGCGGCUUAUGAAGGGGCCAAAAGAAAAGAGAAAGCUCUCCUGGAAGAAAAACUCCGCCAAGAAAAAGCCAAAGCAGAAGCUGAGGCAAAACUCAGAGCUGAAGAAGCAAAUAGGGUUGCAAUGGAAGCUCAGAGAAGAGAAGCAAAAGAGGCUGCUGAAAGGGAGGCCAAUGAAGCGUCAAGCCAGGCUGCUGUUCAGAAGGAAGCUUUAGGAUUGCAAACUAAAGCCAAAACCAAGGAAUCUGAAUUUGAAAAACCAAUAAAUUCAGCAUCAGCAGGGGCUAUUGGUGGUAGGUGACAUUACUAAAGUUGCAGAAGCUGCACUAAAGUUGGAGCGUGAAAGAUUAAAAAAGUUGGAAGACUUGGAUGAAGGAAACAGGGCAUUAGGAU